AAAUCUAUGGUUCACUCAAUACAUAUAUAUAUAUCAUAAAAUAUACGUACUUUCAUAUAGCAUUUUUGUAUAAUGUCAUAUAAUAUAUAUUAUAUAUUAUUUUUAUAUACAUUAUAAUAAUCAACUAUCAUACAUAAGAAUCAAUUUGAAGAAAGUUGUACGUAUAUUUAUAUAUAAUAUUUAUUUAUAAAUUUUUUUAUAAAUAUUUAUUGAUUGUGUUAGAAAUGAAUCAAAUAUCUAGAGAAGAAAUAAAUAUCAGACGACUUUUAACAAGAUGUGAAUUAAUGGCAAAAGAUGAUCCUCAUAAAGAUUGGAAACUUGAAAAGUAUAUUUUUACUUUGGAUGAUAUGAUUAAACAUUUACAAACAUUAUCAAGUAAACCAUCUAAAGAUACUAUGAUGAGUUAUAUUAAACGAAUAGAUUUUCUAAAAGGUUUAGUAAAUACAUCUAAACUUACAAGUCCAGUAGAUAGAGUUGUAGCAGUACAAAUGUUGCCAAAAAAUUCUACAACUUUUAAUGAUUCAAUUGGUCCAAAUAUAACAACUCAAAUACAUCAAAAAACUUCGGCAAAAUAUAACAAAGAAUUACGAGCUGAGUUAUUUCAUAAUGAUAAAGGAACAUCAGAAGAUGGUAUAAGACAAAGAUCAUCUAUGAAUAUGCAAGAUGAUGAUUUAGAUGCACUUUUAAAAUAUAAUAGAAAUAUUCAAGAAAAAAUUGCUGAAAAUAUGCUUUCAAUGACUAGUAGUAUAAAAGAACAUGCUUUAGCAGCAAAUGCUAUUAUAAAAAAGGAUAUUGGUUUACUUGAAAAAUCCGAUAAAUUAACAGAUAUUAAUACAAAUAAAUUAAAAACAGAAUCAUUAAAACUACAAGAGCAUACACAAUCUUAUUGGCGAUGUUGGAUGUGGGUAAUGAUUGCAUUUGUUUUAGUUAUAUUUUUUAAUAUGGUAUUAUUUAUAAAAGUUGCAAAAAAAAGAGUUUAAAUUUGAAUUAAUAAAUAAUUAACAAAUAUGUAAUUAUAUAAUUAACAAAUAUGUAAAUAUAUAAUUAAUUAAAACGAAUAAGAUUGUAUAUAAAUGUAAAUAAUACAUUUAUAUGAAAUUAAUUUAUAGUAAUUUAUAUAAAAUUAAAUUAAUAAAAUGAAAUUGAAAAUAAAA